GUUGAGCAAGGGGACAGAGAAAGAGAGAGUGAGAGACUGACAGAAAGACCGCAAAAGAGGCAGAGGCUUAUACAGAGACUAGUAAGUAAAUCAGGUAUCACUAUAUACAGACAUGGCAAAAGAGAGAUGGAAAAAGUUCGAGAGACAGAAAGAGAGAGAUUGAGAGAAUGAUAGACAGACUGCAAGAGAGGAAAAGGUGCAUGCAAAGAGACUUGUAAGUGAAUCAGGUAUCACUGAUAAAGACAUGGAAACAGAGAGAGAUGGAUAGAGAUGUAUACAAAGAUAGAGAGAGAGACAAAAUGAGACAGAGAGAAAUGGAGAGAGAAGACAGAGAGUGAAACAGAUAGAUAGAAAGAGAGAGAUAGGGGAAGAGAUGGAAAAAGAUAGAAAGAGUGUUUUGCUAGAAUGUUCAGCCUUAUUUUUGCAUUUUACAUUUUCUUAUAUUACUAAACUCAACAACUUCUUUAGACUUCUUUCAAAUUCUAUCUUUAAAAUAUCGGGUUUUUAAAAAAAAAAAAAAAACAUUUUAAAAAAAAUCUUUUCUCCUCCAUGAUAUGCAUACAAAGGACUUUCAAACUGUUUUUGAUUAAUAUAUCUGUUUCUCUUCUCCCCUCUAUGCUACACACUUAUAAUGUCAGUCUGAUACAUUUAUCAUAUUCUUUUCUCACUUUACCCCUCCCAGCUAUACUUUUUAAGGCCUCUUUGUCAAUAUUAUAUUCUACCUUUCUCACUUCUCUACUUCUAGCUUUACAUAUUAAGUACUUUCAGUCUAAUACAUUAUAUAAUUUCCCCUCUAGUACUAUCCUCCCUAAUCCAAUGUAUGCACAUUAAGGCCUGUCAGUCUAACAUGUUAUAUAAUAUUCUCCUCUGAUAUUAAUCCUUCUCUACAUUCCACCCUCCAAUCUGUAUAUAUAUCAAGGACUUUCAGUCUGAUAUACCAUAUUAGGUCCACCUCUGAUACAUUCUACCCUCUCCCUUCUCCCUUUUAUGUAACGGAUAUUAAGGCUUUUCAAUAGGAUAUAUUUUAUCACAUCCCACCACUAAUUUCUCUCUUCAGAAUUCUGCAUGUUGCUUUCUAGCCUUAUACAUGUUUUCAGUCUCCUCUUCUUUCUAUCUGUCCUCUCUCUGUCUGUACCAAUAUGUCUGUCUGUCUCUUCUUUCCCAACAGAUAUGGAAGGGUUAAAUAAAGGUUUCCUGUGCUCACUCCUGCUGGCUGUCACUGCUUUGGGUGAGUGUUCUGAACCAUGGGGAAUUAAACUCCCACAAACGGACUGCUAGCCAUGAUUACUCCUAAGAUAGAUCUAAUUUCAUGGAGCCAGAACAUAGACUUUUACUCAGAUCUACAGUUUGCAAAAACUGUACUAUAUUAAAUCAUGUAUCGUGAAGAUAUUCAUCUUAAGCCACCCCCUUUCCUCUUAGUUAAAACUGGACUAUAUUAAAUCGUGUAUCUUGAAGAUAUUCGUCUUAAGUCGCCCCCUUUCCUCUUAGUUAAAACUGGACUAUAUUAAAUUGUGUAUCUUGAAGAUAUUCGUCUUAAGUCGCCCCCUUCCCCCAAGUUUUUUAAAUGUCCAUUGUCUUAUGACUACUGUGAUAGAUGUUGUAAUCACAAAGCACUUGCGCAAUUUCCUAAUUUUCAGAACAUCUUCAGGCAUGGUUGCAAUUGCCAUCUCGAAGUGGUGUGGUAGCAACAGGAGUUAUUUUAUUACUCAGAAGAAAUAUGAAUUGGGUAUCGGAGUUUAUAUUGUUGUUGCUUUAGGAAUUGUAUUGAUCUACCUCUUCAUAUUAAAUAGUAUUAACAUGACAGGGUGCAAGUCUUCACAAUUCUCCAACUGAUUUAUUCUGACCUUUUACAUAAUUUUUCCCUUUCUCUCUGAAGGUUUAUUUCUCUAGUAUUUGAGGGUGAACACAACGGCCCAAAUCCAGGAGAGAUUUUUGACCAAUCAGUUUUUCAACAUAUAUUUUUUCAUGUACUUAGGUAGACAUAAAAGCAUUUUUAAAGUGCUACACUAUAUGAUGAUAAAAUAUAACUAGUUUUUGACUGAUUUUGGUAAACUCCAACUUUUAAUGAAAAAUUUGUACCAUGUAUCAGUAAAAAAUCUCUCUACAAUAAAAUGAUGUUAGCAUGAUAACAUGUAUACUUUGCAUUUAUAAGUUUCUGUUAGACAGUAUUGCUGCAUGUGCUGUUAGUAUUAUAGAGGCAAAUAUACCCCCAAAAAAGUUAGAACUUGAUUAAUAGAAAAAACAUAAUUUUAUCUUUUGCAGCCAUUCCAGAACCGGGUUUUGUGAUCAGUCGGAGAGAUGUUGGUAAGUCAUAACCAAAUGUGACAAAACAACAAGUGAUAAACCGCGCCAAACAGAACUAAAAAAAUUGCACGGUUAUACUCAAUCUUAACAAUAACCCAAUAUUGUGUAGCAAAUAAUGUAUAUACCUGCUCUCUUUGGAGUAAUCCAAAGAGAGUACGUAUAUACAUACUGUCUAACAUUAUAUCGAGUGCCUACACCUGCCUUUUUUUAUAACCAAAUAUCUUAAUUAACAAGCUUCCGAAAAUCAUUCCAAAGGCACUGAAUUUGUAACAGUGUGAUCAGAGACAUGGGAUAGUGGUUUGUUUACAAUGGGUAGUAAGGGUAUUGAGCAGUACACAGUGUGAGGUAUGGAGGGGUGGGAUAUAUAUAUAUAUAUAUACCCACAGAGUCCCACUCCCGCCGGCCUGGAUGGAGAGGAAGGGGUUAAACACUUACCUUUCCCCAGCGCCAGGCUACCUCGGUGCUGGAGACUCUCCUCCUCCUUUCCCCGUCAUUGGCGCAAUGCGCAUGCGCGGCAGGAGCUGCGCGCGCAUUCAGCCAGGCUCAUAGGAAAGCAUUCUCAAUGCUUUCCUAUGGACGCUGGCGUCUUCUCAACGUGAAAAUCACAGUGAGAAGCGCGGAAGCGCCUCUAGCGGCUGUCAGUGAGACAGCCAAUAGAGGCUGGAUUAACCCUACGGAAUCUGUUGGCGCUAUAUAAAUGGCAAUAAUAAUAAUAAUAACCCUUAAGUAAACAUAGCAGUUUCUCUGAAACUGCUAUGUUUAUAGAAAAAAGGGCUAAACCUAGCUGGACCUGGCACCCAGACCACUUCAUUAAGCUGAAGUGGUCUGGGUGCCUAGAGUGGUCCUUUAAGCAACUUUGUCCUAAACAUUUAAAUUCACUUUGAAUUCUCACUUAAGUGAAUAUUCCUGAUAGUGAUUUCUUAGUGUUGACAUAUGACUGUGUAUUUCCCUAUGAUAGAUACCUGUGUCGCUGUGUAUGUAAUGUGAUCAGGUGGAUGUGUAUAUGUCAAUGAAAGGUGAUAGAAUAUUAUUUAUUUUUUGGCUAAAUGAUAUAAUUCAACUGACACACAUUUCACUUUAUAUAUGUCAAUAAAAGGUAGCAUUAUGGCUUUCUUUGUCAAAUAGCUGUCUAUAUGUUCUUAAAAUCUCACUGAUUAUGAUUUUUUAGAUGAUGGAACAGAUGGAGCUCCUGCAGUAGGUAAGUCUUACUUUUUUAAUGCUUGGUGGCUUAGUCUCAGAUUGUGCAAAUCAUGAGAACAUUCCUUGUGCAUAUUGGAAACAAAGGCCACCAGCAGAAUGGUACAAGCUGAUGUGUUAAAACCUUACUUAAACUUUGGCCAGCAAUCUAACCAUCACAAUGUAUAGAUGAAAAUGGAAGAUCUGUAAUGUGCCAUUAAGCUUAGACAGCAUCUUUAUCAUUAUUUUGCCUUUUUGCUCUUUGGCUGCACCUCCUCACUAAAGUGGAACAUCUGAUCUUCAUCAUUAUGGAAUGGAUACUAACGAUCUAGUGAGAAGAAGGGCAGUCUGUUGUCUUCAGAACAACUUCAUUCCUUUUUGGAAUAUUGCCAAUCAUAUCCUGAAUUCUUUAGUAGAAUAACCAUUACUAAUUGGUAACAGCCAAAGAUGACUUAACUAGUUUAUCUUUUUACCCCUGGUCUUGUGUCAUUGUUCUUUGGCCUGGUUUUAAGCAAUUCUAAAAAAACAAUUGUAAGACCCACAAUAUUGAGUCACAGUGUUUAUUGAAUUACCAUAUGAUUUUUCUAAUUGUUACAAUUGUGGCAUUUAGCAACUAACUUAUAAAGUGUUCAACUGUUUUUGUCAGUAAGUCUUGAUUGAUGUCCAUCUUUAUGGGUAGUAACUUUUCCUGUUUGCUAAUGUAGUCCGUCUAUGUUUGGCAUAUGCUGUUAUUAUUGAAGACGGUUCUUUUGAGUGAUUAAAAGAACACAGACAUGAAAAUUGUUAUGCAUCGUUAUAUAAUCUUUGUUUUAAUAUACCAGAUAUUUUAAUUCACAUAUUUAUAUUUUUUAAGAUAGCCCGUGCCUACCUUUUCCACUCCCCCCUUUCUGGCAGUCAUGUUUAUUUACCUUUGGUCAGAUUUUUCUCAUUAUUUUCAUUCAGCCAUGAUUAUUUUGCUUUUUGGAAUCGUGUGCAUUUUCUGACUGCGACAUUUUCUGUAAAAAAAAAAUAUUCUGGCAAAAUAAUGAGCUUUUCAGAGUCUGAGUCAGAGACAAAUCAUUUCUUCAAAAAUGUCAUAAUACACAAAUUACAUUUUUUUUUUUACAAGAUAGUGUAUUAUAACAUAAAGAUUUUAUUGAAAUAAUAAACAAAACAGUGACAUUGUUCCUUUAAAUGAGUGUAUAGCUUUUGUGACUAACCCUCCUAUAAUUCAGGCACUAUUUGGUCUGUUUUGAACUAUCUUACUUUCCUUUUGAAUCUAUGAAAAUUAUCAUAUCUAAUGCUAAUUUUGAGAUGAGGCUUAUUGCUCAUUUGCAAUCAACCUAAUAUAUCAUUUGCAAUCAUAUUUACUUCCUGAUUAAACUCUGUAUAAGCUGCCAUCUCUACAUCUGUGACUGAGAAGUCUCAAAAUAUGUAAAAGCUCUACAUUAAGAGUGGCUGAAAGGGCGUUCAGCCUAGGGGCAUGUGAUUGUGAUAUGACCAGGGACAAGGCUGUUCUGGGACAUAUUAAGUGACUUUUGGACCUAUUGAUAACCAAUUAUUUAUUGAAAACAUUAUAUAGAGCAUGAAUAAUUUAUCUUAUUUGCACACAUUCACUUCUAAUCUACUUUGUUGUAGUGUGAAGACUCUAAGUUGUUAUGCACUCACAUUAGAAUAGAACAAACGGAUAGGGGGAUUUGGGAAUGCAAUAGGUGGAGACAGAUGCCCUACUUCAUUCCUAAACUCUCAAUGAUAAUCAAUAAGCAUGAGGGAGUAGGGAACAGUAACCAAUUUUAAAAAGAGAAGAAAACAAAAAAAAAACCUACAAAAUAAAUAAAGUAAUGAAUGAAUAUUUUAUACAUGUGAAAGUUUUGCUUGAAGAUCCUUUCUUCUCUUUCUUCAACCAUAAAAAUGGGUAAACAAGCCAUUAUGAUGCAGAUCAACGGAAAAAUAAAAAUGACAAAAAAUAAAACCAGAAUUAUAUCAGACCAUCCCAUAGAGGCAUAGAGAUUUUCGAUCAGUAGACUGAGUAUUGUAUGUCAGCUAUACUUGCAUUAUCAGUGACCCGCCCUGUAAAACUCACUAAUGUACUGUGCAAGAGAAUAAAUGGCCAGAGUUUGGCAGAAAUAGUCCUCUAAUCCCUGUUUAACAUUUUGUGCUCAGAUGAUCAAAUGAUCAGAUGUCUGGAAAAUCCAGCAAAUCUUUUUAAUGGAGUAUCUUCAUAACAUAAUAAAAUGAGUAUAUUCACUAUGGCAUGUCCCUUUAACCCCUUGUUCGCCUCUAUUCAAUACAUAACAAAUAAAAUGUCUUGACUGCUAGUUCGCUGAAACACAGCUAUUUAUAUAACUAGGUAAUAACUAAUAUUUGCUAAAGAAUAUAAUAAAAAAAUAUUUUAAAACGUUUACACUGGGACUGGGCAAUGCCAGUACAUGGCCACUGUAGGAAAUUAUACAUCAGUUGGCACUUGGGGCAUCUCUUUAAAAUGGGUUGAAACCAGACAGGCCAGUCAGACACAAGCUUGAGGGGUCUUUAAUGAAGGACAUACAUGGACACUAUAGACAUCCAGGCCACUUCAUAUGUCAGGGAAUGGUAUAGAUAAAAAAGUUUUGAGCUGAAUCAUGUAAUUCAACUGACACACAGUUCAUUUUGUAUAUGUCAAUGAAAAGUAGCAUUAUGGCUUUCUGUGUAUAUGUUUUUAAAAUCUCACUGAUUUUAGCUUAGUCUCAGAUUGUGCAAAUCAUGAGAACAUACCCUGUGCAUAUUGGCAACAAAGACCACCAGCAGACUGGUACAAGCUGAUGUGUUAAAACCUUAUUUAAACUUAAUGUCUUAAAGCAUAGAACCUAGUAGGGCUAACCAUACAGAUAUUUUAGCCAUAACAUUAUAUAGUUAGUGUAAGAGAUCCUCUAUUUAACAUAUAAAAAUAAUUGAGAAUACAAUAUAAAAUAAGGAUUGUCUUGGAAGCAAUAGAGUUUUGUCUUUUAGAUAUUUAUUAUAUAAAAAUAUAAAUAUAGACAUAUAAAAUCCAUUAUAGCAAAGUUUAUAAGAGUAAACUAAAUGCUUGCAAAUAUCAUUACUAGGUUAACAUACCCUUCUGAACAUGUCAUCAUGUCAGCCUCUCUGUCAUUUUAAGAUGGAGCAGUGUCUGUCUCCAAGUCCCUCCUCUGUGUCUUAAAAUUUAAAAGUACAUCUAUUUAUACCUUAGGUGUCGUCAUUUUAGGGUUACCGUAGUUCAUAUAUGAAAAAGUAACACUUCUUUUACUUUAUUCAUUUUAGGACCUCCCUUAAUUUGGCAAAAAUACAAGGCCAUAACUAAAGGGUGUAUAAGUCAUGGAAAUUUUCCUGAUUUAGUUCAUGAUGGCAUCUUAAAGUCUAAACAUCCUUAUCUACUAAGGUUACCACAGUAUAUUACGUACUGAAAGAGUCGUAGUAUAGCCUUGAAGCUUGUUUAUUCAUUAUUGUUAUUGUAAUUUGUCUGGGACAAAAGAGGGAAAAUUGUACUUUAUAAUUGGAAAGAUUAGCUCCCAAACCUCAUCCUCUAAUAUCAUGCCCAGCUCAUAUUGGUGCCAGCCUACAGCUUCCCUGCCCCAUGUUACUCCCCCAUGAUAUGCCAAUUUCCUAUAAUAUAAAGUAUGACCUUCCCUGAACCUCUCUGGAUCCUCACUCCUGCAUGGUCCUGGUGACACUGUGUUACUUCCAGGUCCUUAGAGGGAGGACUGCUUGGUCUCAGGUUUAAGGCAACUUUGGGAUAUGGAGGCAGUGGCAAAACAUUAAUUAUUACAAUACUGGCAGCCACAAGCUUCUCCCUUUAUUGCAAACACAGAGGGAGAGGAAAUAUGAUAGCGAGACACAGGUAGACUGCAUGCCCACUUAAAGGCUGUCGGUCCACUUAAAGGCUGUUGGCCCACCUGGCAUUUUCCCUGCAUUCCCUGGUGCAGGGCUCCUGUCAUUUUAACCUUGGAAUGUAAAACAUUGCCGUUUCAGAGAAACGUCAAUGUUUACAUUGCAUAGUUAAGACAGCCACUGGUGGCGCUUCCUGGCUUCUCACAGAGUUUAACUCAGAGAAAAACCAUUGAACAUCUGCACGCUUUGCAUAAGAUUGUCCAGGGUCUUUAAAAUCCCAGUAGGUAGAUUUAAGGAGUAAGGUGUGUCAUAAACUUAAGGACAGGGGCACACUAUAGCAUUAGGAAUACAGUUUUGUAUUCCCAAUGCUGUAGUAUUCAUUUAACAUGGGGUCAUUAAGAUUGAAGGAAUAUGUGGUGCCCUAUGCCUCAAUAGUAUGCACUCUAUUUUUCAGACGAUACAGGGAGUCAGCCAUCUGCUGAGCCUGGAGGUAAGAGUAAAAAUGUAUUAUUUUUGCAUAGUGCGUGUCCUUGGAUUGUUCGUGUUUGUGCAUGAAUUGUGUCUUUGCAAUGUUUGUGAGUGGGUGCAUAUAAGUCAUGAUUUUGGGCUGUGCUUGUGAGUGUGCAUACAGUUUCUCUUAGUGUUAAUAUCUGUAUAAGUAAUAACUAGACAGGAGUACAUGAAUUAUUGUUUAACGUUUCUCUCAUUUUACCCUGAUUCUCUUACUCUCUCCCCCAAUUUACUCUUUAACUUACUUUUUAACUAAUUAACACUGAAUCUGUGGUUUACCCAACUUUCACCACCCACCAUUUCCAAUUCUCUAUCUGUCUGGUUCUCAUCUCUUUUUCUGACUUUUCCUCGGAUUCUCUCUCUGGGGACGCUCUCUUUUUCUUGCUUUUGAAAAUGACUGGCUUUCUCUGACUCUGGGUCAAUCACCUUGACGCUCUCUCUGACUCGCUCUCUGUGACACUGUCUCUGUCUCAUGCUACCUCUCUCUCUUUAUGUUACUAACUCUGUCUGGCACUCUUUACCUCACACAUUCUGUGAUACUCAUUAUCUUUUGUGCCACUUAAUCCAACUCUCUUUAUGUUACUAUUUCUGUCUGACUCUCUUUUUUUACUCUCUCUUGCUCUCUGUGGCUCACUGUCUGAGACUCUUCUUGAUUUUCUGAUUAAUUCUAUCUUACUCUGCAUUGAUCACUGAUACUCUCUCUAUGACUCUCUUCAUUCUUGUGAUUUACUACCUGUGACUCUCUUUAUUUAAAUAAUUCUCAAAUUGACACUCUGACCUGUCUCACAUUUAUAUUUGUGUUCUGACACUUUCUAUCUGGAUUUCUCUAUAAUUAACUCAUUCUGACCCAUACUUUUUCUAUGUCCUAUUUUCUUUCUCCCCUUUCCUAUUCCAUAUUUUAUCCAUACAUCUCUCAAAACGUAUCUUUUUUUUUUCACAUUAUCUCCAUUUCUCUCUGUUGUACCUGUCUGCUUUGCACCUGCCCUGUUAGAUUGCAGAGAAGUACAAUACCCCUGCACACGGGUGUAUUCCGUUCAGAAGCCAGUAAAACAGUGUAUCAGCUACCUGUGUGUGACCAGGUAACAAAGUGCCACAGUACCCAGUAUUCUGCUGAGAAAAGGCUAAUUCUUGCCCAAAAUUAAAAUAAUACUGUUUUCCAAGAGCACAGCAAUAUGUGAUUACACUAUAGAUCCAACAUAUGCACUAUAAUUGCCACAUAUUUUUCAGACCUAGAUAUUAGAGGUGGGAUACUAUUAACUUAAUAAUGUAAUACAAAAUAUAUGUUGUGAGUCAUAAAAUUCUUGAAGGAUCCUGAGUUACAUUCUCUUUGCAAUAGGGUUGCCACAUCAGAAGACAAUUAAAGGAGGUCAAUAAAAAUAUCCCUCAAGCAUACAUUGUUAAUAGGCGUCCUAAAAUGAAAUCAUAGUCUGGCAAAACUACUGUUCAGGCUUUAUAAUGGUGUCCACCCAUAUAACCGAGCUAUGUUACUUGUCUCUAUGUCAAGGCUUUGCUUCACCUUUGGGAUACAUUUCCAGCUUAGAAAUAGAAUGAUUGCCAGUUCACCAGGCUUCAAAUAAUCUAAUCUGCGGCAUGCAGUUUUGCAUUUCAUUUGUUUAAACCAGGGGUAGGCAACCUUUGGUAUUCCAGACGUUUUGAACUACUUCUCCCAUAAUGCUCUGACAUCCAUAAUGAUGGCAAAUCAUCAAGGGAGCAAGGGACAUCAAGGGAUCAUCAAGGGACAUAUAAAGAUUGCCUAUCCCUGGUCUAGACCAAUGAGGUCAAUUCACUCUUUGAUUUUCUCUGUAGCUACAUCGGGCUCAUUGCAUUAGCUAGGGUAGAAAACAUCAUAAGCUGUGAAUUAAGUUACUAUUGGACUUCAGAUUAAUAUAAAAAAUAAAAAUAAAUAAACUCUGCUAUUUACUAGUAUGUCUCAUGUCUGAAUUUUGAGCAUAACUCAUCCCUUCCAGUUUCUUCUGGCGCAAGUUUGUCAAAAUACAGAGGCAAACAGGAAACAUGUCUCUGUUUAUGGCCAUAACCACCUCCUCCUAACUAGAAACAAAAUUAAAUUCAUAUCGGAUCUGUGAGGUCCAAGUAGUAACCUUGAGAAUCAAGUGGACCUCCCACAAAAUACACAAGAGUUGGAGGGCCAACAAUUCCAAUAUUAACUUUUGAGGGCUAUAUGAUUAACUCUGUUUCCUCCACCCCAUGUGUGUGUGGGAUAAGGGAGGAAAAUACCUGGCAGUGGUCCAGGGAAUGGCUCAGUCCCUUUCUUCACCAAUCCAUGUGACCAACAUUUUUAUUCUUCUGUUUAUCAUAUAUUUCCAUCUUAUUACCCCCUCUCCUAUCUACCAUUUUCAACUAUGUUUUACCCCAUCUCUAUCUCUUUCCCCUCCCCCAUUUCCUGCUUCUACUGCCCUCCUUUUGCAGUGUGAGACGUGUCUAUAUGUUGAACAAGGAGAUCUGCACUCGAAUCAUGUGCAAGGAGCAUGAAGUGAUUCAAGGUGAGUGUUACAUAGGGGGGUAUAAUGGAUAAUCCAUAGUAUACUUCUCCCACACUUUUUUUUUUUAACCCUUGCCUACUCUACCUAUAGUAACAUUUACUACCUCCCUCCUCCACAGAUGAAAAGUGUCGACAGCUAGCUGGACUUCCACCUAGACGUUUUGAACAGCCUGAAGCCGCUCCUGAGGAGAAGCCAACCACUUCAGAAGGAAUUUAAUAAAAAGGAAAAAUAUCUGCACCUAGCGUACUACCCGCACGCUAAAUCUCCACCCAAAAAUCACCCAAGGUUUAAUGCACCCAAGCCAAUGUUGCAGGUCUUUUUCCCAAGUUAAUAUUCAAUUCCCCAUCAAUGCUCUUCUUUCACAACCUCUUUUUACAUUGUCCAUCUCACUUGUGAUCUGUUAAUUCUUAUAAUUCUUUUGAUGGGGUUAAGGAUCUCAUUACCCAAAUGAAGAACCCAUCUGGGCAAUUCUUUGCCAAAAAUAAUACAUGAGCUAUCUCAAUUGUGCUAAGUUCAAGGUGAUGUUUAUUUGUCAUUUAAUGUGUGUUUGUAACCCUUCACAUGAAUUAAUGAUUCUAUAGUUACAAUAUAAAACCAUUUUAUAAUCCCAAAGUCUUGCUGCUUUACUGCGUUCUGUAUAAAUCCCAUAAACAUGCUCUGUUGUGUACUGAUGGUGGUUUACUGGGCGUCUGUAUAAAAUUUACAAUCAGAAAAAAUGCAGAGGGAAGUAAGUGUGUGUGUAUAUACAACAAAACAUUAAAACGAUGAUAGACUUGCAUUUUAUAGAGGUGCUUUAAUGUCUUAAACCACGUGGUUUUUAUAAAAUGUAUGUAUAAAGGACACUAUAAGCACCAUAAUCACUACAGGUCAUUGUAGCAGUUAUGAAGCUAAAAAUAUUUUUUUGUACUGCCCACUCACCCCCGUGUCUUGUUGAGCUUGUUUGAGAAGUUUGACAAAAAAAUAUGCUCUCUGGCAAACAAAGCCACUCCAGCAAUGGAUGGCGCCCUAAGACUAUAUUAAGCUGUAGUGGCUAUGGUGUUUAUGCCUCUUUGAGUAUUUUGUGUGAGAGGAAGCUAUAUAAUUAAGAAAUACUUUUAAAAUGUGAUUAGUGAUUUCACAGCUUUUGUUUUGUGCCACAUAGAAAAGUAACUCUAUAAAUAGAUAAAUGAUUAAAACUGAAACACUGUGUUUUAAGUUAUGUGCAAGUUUUUCAAGAAAACAACAGUACAUAUCUAAAUUAGCUGCUAUAUAAACUAUAAAGACAAACAUAAUAACCUACUGUCAUGCUUUUAAAGAAAAACUCCAAGCACCAUAACCAUUAAAGCUUGCUGGCGCCCCAACUAUUGUACGUAGUCAAACCAAUUUUGAAUGGGAGAGAAGGGGACACCAGGGUACUUUGAGCAUCAUAACCACUACAUCAGCUGUAGUGGUUUUUCUGCUUAGAGUGAUCUUUUAAAGGGUUUAUUGAUGACAGACCAUCUGGGACCAAUGAUGCAGCUUUCUUAACAAAUUAUAUAGUUUGCAGAAGUCACCAAAAUCCUUGGUUAUGCCUGGCAUCUAGCCG